UACAGUGAAUUUGAAGAGCUGGAAGCAGUUCCAAGCAUGUUGGUAAUGGAUGGUCCCUUGGAGCCAUCAUCUACUACAUCAAAUACUGCAGAUGUCCCAGAUGAUCGUUCCUUUGUGAAUUUCUUCAGUAAUGUUAUGAGAAUUGGUAGUGGUCCAAAUGCUACAGUUCAGGGACAGUCGUAUGACUCAACUGCAGUAGUCCUACCUUCUCCUCUUCCUCCUCCUGCUGUUCCUCCCUCUUCAGCACCUGCACUGUCUCAAUCUCCUCUUUCUACAUCUUCGACUUUGAUGCCUACCGUUGAUGCUCCUGAACCUGAUACCAGUGCUAGAAUGUCUUCAAAUCUUGUGAAGCCAUCAUCAUUCUUUGGUCCUCCUCCUUCCUCUUCUCCACUGAUGCCUCCUGUUUCUUCAUCUGUGCCUACUGCUCCUCCACUUCAUUCCCCUGGGAAUCUACAACGCCGUUACGGAGCUCCUUUGCUUCAGCCAUUUCCUCCUCCAAAUCCGCCUCCAUCUCUCACUCCUACUUCUGCUCCUAGCCCAAACAAUGGACAUGUUAUUAACAGAGACAAAGUGCGGGAGGCAUUUUUGAUGCUUGUUCAAGAUGACCAAUUCAUUGACAUGGUAUACCGCGCUCUUGUGAACGCUCAUCAUACAUGAUAACUAGAGGAACCACCGCGCUUCACUUGAUGACAUAAAACAGUGUUACUGGCAGAAAUAUGGCUUCUAGUUUAUCCCUAUUGGGUUCCUGCAGUUUAUAGCGUCUUUGAGACCCAACUUGUAUAUAGUAUUAUGGUCUUAGUUUUUACUAGUUUAGAUUUGAUGUUUUACCUUACAUACAAUGUUUGUGGGUUUUACUAGUCUGGAACUUCAAUGCUUCAUUUAGCCAAAGUUCCAUUUCUGUGUUUUUGGUUCAUUAACAAUAAACAAUCAUGAAAUUGGAGUUCCUAUCUGAAAACCAGCGGAAG